AUGCCCCAGGGGAUCCACUCUAUCAAGUGGUACCUCCCCAUUGCACUAAAAGGGCUAUUUCCUGAUACGCGUAGCAUUGUUAAAGACAAGGAUGGUCAAAAAGCACGUUGGUUUUUACUCUUUUUCCACCUUCAUAAAUGUUUUUCUUUCUUUCUUUCUUUCUUUCUUUCUCCACCCUCCAUAAAUAUCUCAACCUUUCUUUCUUUGUCUUAUAUUUUCCCUUUUUCUCACCUUUCUUUCUUUCUUUCUUUCUUUCUUUCUUUCUUUCUCACCCCUCCUAAAUAUUUUUCCUCCCUCCAUAAAUGUCUGACUCUUUCUUUCUUUCUUUUUUCUUUCUUUCUUUCUUUCUUUCUUUUACAUUUUUUCCUCCAUAAAUGUCUCACUCUUUCUUUCUUUCUUUCUUUCUUUCUUUUACAUUUUUUCCUCCAUAAAUAUUUUUCCUCCCUCCAUAAAUGUCUGACUCUUUCUUUCUUUCUUUCUUUCUUUCUUUCUUUCAUAAAUGUCUCACUGCUUCUUUCUUUCGUUUUCUUUCUUUCUUUCUUUCUUUCUUUCUUUCUUUCUUUCUUUCUUUCUUUCUUUCUUUUAGAUUUUUCCUCCCUCCAUAAAUGUCUGACUCUUUCUUUCUUUAGUACUUUCUGUCUUACUUCCUUUUUACUCUCUUCAUAA